AUGGAGGACCCUGUGAUCCGCAUACCCCCCUACCACUAUGUCCAUGUGCUGGACCUCAACAGCAAUGUCACCCGUGUGGAGGUUGGGCCCCACACUUACAUCCGGCAGGAUCACGAGAGGGUGAUGUUCGCCCCGAGGCGCAUGGUGAUGGUGCCUCCCCGGCACUACUGCGUGGUACUCAACCCUGUGAUCCGGGACCCUACGGGAGCCGUGGUGCUUGAUGGAGCGGGGCAGGCACGUCUGCGGCACGCUGACCUCGAUAUCCGCCUGGCCCAGGAGCCCUUCCCCCUGUACCCUGGCGAGGAGAUCCAGCAGGACAUCACCCCACUGCAGAUGGUGCUGGCUGACACCGCCCUGCGCCUGCGGGCCCUGCUUGACUUCAAGGAUGAAAAUGGGAAGAAGUUCUUGGCAGGAGAUGAGUGGCUCUUCGAGGGUCCCAGCACCUACAUCCCCCGCAAGGAGGUGGAGGUGGCUGAGACGCUGCAGGCCACCGUCAUUGGGCACAACCAGGCCAUCCGCCUGCGAGCACGCAAGGAGUGCAUCGACCGCUAUGGCACCCGCCGCGUCACAGCUGAGGAAUGGCUGGUGAAGCAGGUGGGUGCCUACCUGCCCGGUGUCUACGAGGAGGUGAUGGACGUUGUGGAUGCCUACAUCCUCACUGACAAGAAAGCCCUGCACCUGCGGGCAACGCGGACCUUUGAGGACGAAGAGGGCCGGGUGCGGCGCACAGGCGAGGAGUGGCUGGUGACCCAGGCAGAGAGCGAGGCCUACAUCCCGGAGGUGUUUGAGGAGGUGGUGGCAGAGGUGGCUGUGACGACGCUGGGUCCCCGGCAGUACUGUGUGGUGCUCGAUCCCGUGGGACCCAAUGGGCAGCCCCAGCUGGGCCAGCAGCUUGUUGUCAAGGGGGAGAAGUCCUUCUUUCUGCAGCCGGGCGAGCGGCUCCAGGCUGGCAUCCAGGAUGUCUAUGUGCUCUCUGAGGAUGAGGGACUUCUGCUCCAGGCGCUCCAGACCAUCAAGGACACCAAUGAGGAGGGGACGGAGGUGACACGGCGGGCAGGCGACCGAUGGCUGGCCCGGGGCCCCCUCGAGUACGUACCACCAGCAGAGGUGGCCGUGCUGGAGCGACGCCGGGCCAUGGCCCUCGCUGACAACGAGGGCAUCUACGUGCGCGACAUCCGCACUGGCAAGGUGCGGGUGGUGACGGGGCAGACCUACAUGCUGACAGAGGCCGAGGAGCUGUGGGAGAAGGAGCUGCCCCCCGGGGUGGAGGUGCUGCUGGCGGAAGCCCGUGGAGACACCCGUGGUGUGGACGCUGGGAUCCACUCCUCCUCCAGCCCAGACACUGGGAUCCCUCAACGUGACCGCACCCGCGCCGUCACCUACCAGGUGCCCCACAAUGCUGCUGUGCAGGUCUACGACUACCGGGAGCGGCGGGCACGGGUGGUGCUGGGCCCCGAGCUGGUGGUGCUGGGCCCCGGGGAGCAGCUGACGGUCCUGUCCCUCUCGGCGGGGCGCCCCAAGCGGCUCUGGGACAGGGCGGGGUUAUGUCAGUGGGCGGGGCCUGAGGGCAGACCGUCCCCCCACAGGCACUUCGAAGUGCCGGAGGACCCCAAGGCCCUGGGGCGUCUCUUCAGCGUCCCCGACUUCGUGGGCGAUGCCUGCAAGGCCCUGGCCUCUCGUGUGCGUGGCGCUGUGGCAGCCGUCACCUUCGAUGACUUUCACAAGAACUCCAAUCGUCUCAUCUGCUCGGCCGUGUUUGGCUUUGAUGAGGGUGGGCGGCUGCGGGAGCAGCUCCGCUUUGCCCCCAAUGGGCUGGUGGUGACAAGCGUUGACAUCCAGAGCGUGGAGCCCGUGGAUCAGCGCACCCGCGAUGCCCUGCAGCGCAGUGUCCAGCUGGCCAUCGAGAUUGCCACCAACUCCCAGGAGGCCGCAGCCAGGCACGAGGCAGAGCGGCUGGCGCAGGAGGCCCGGGGACGCCUGGAGCGGCAGCGCCUCCUGGACCAGGCGGAGGCCGAGCGGGCGCGCAGAGAGCUGCUGGAGCUCGAGGCACUCAGGUCGGCCAUCUUCCCAGUGAAGCUGCUGCAGGGCCUGGGGCUGCAGUCCACCCUCAUCACCGACGGCAGCAGCCCCCUCAACCUCUUCACCACCGCCCGGGGGCUGCUGGGGCUGGCCGCGCCCCCAGAAAGCUCCGCCCCCCAGGGCUCCGCCCUCUGA